ACUUUCGAAUGAUAUUUGCGGUCUUAUUAUAAAGUCAAAGAAGGAGAAUUCUGAUGACAACACGUGGAAUACUAUCAAUCAUAAUGAUGUAAACCGCCAUCACGUCUCGAGAAGGAGAGUAAAUAUUCUAGUACUCUCUUACCUACUCGAGAUCUGCCUAAAUCAAGAAACAGUUACGAUUCUCAUUAGUUAUCUCCCUUAUCAGAUUUCACUCUUAAAGGUAGACUUAGGGGAAGACGGCGAGGAGUAA